CGGGACGCCGCAGAGCCCGGAGCCGGGGGCAGCUUCAGCCAUCUUUCCCAGCCUGGCCCCAGUGUCGGGCCGUGGGGAGGCUGAGGAGGAGGAGGACAACGAGCAAGAGCCGGCGGAGGUCUCUGGGGCGGCGGUGUCUGAUGUCUGGUGGAGCAGGCGCUUGGAUCCUGAGAGCAGGGAGUUGGUUGGAACUUCGGGAUGUUAGAAUCAAUGGGCUUGGAAUAGCUGGCAGGUCACUUGCCUCUGCUCUGUUUGACACUGACUGAAUGGGGACGAUGAUACUUAUCUCAGGGAUUUGAUAAAAUGAUUAAAAUUAAGUAGGACAUGGCAUAACCCUACACUUACCAGCAGUUUCCUUUCUUGUCGGUUUCCUUUCUUCUUCCUGGGAUAGAUCUAUCUGUGUGCGCUGUGGACUUCGGGAUACUUGGGCAUCGCCUACUAUGACACUAGUGACUCUACCAUCCACUUCAUGCCAGAUGCCCCAGACCAUGAGAGUCUCAAGCUUCUCCAGAGAGGUGGGAGCAGAACCAUGGAUUCCUCUCCUCUGAGACUGGAAGUGUAUUUCACUCUUCUAUCCUUACCUGUCUCAAUUUAUUUUAUUGACUCCCAGAAGUUCCCCCUGUUGUUUAUAGGAAUUCAUUUCAUUAUUCAACACUUAUUGUUUAUAAUGUAUCAGGUGCUGGGCAAAUCAGUCAUGUCCGUCCUGCAGGGCUUUGGAGUCUAGUGACAAUCUCCAGGUCACUCUUCCCUCCUGCCACCCUGCCAGUCUUCUCAUUCCUCAAUCUCAUGCCUGACUCCUACCUAUGCUCCCAAUAUGCAGAGCACCUCUUACUUUUAGAGGGAGGAAAUGAGGUGUUGGAUGAAAUCAAUCCCCGGUCUGUUGUUACGAGUGCCAAACAGGAUGAGAAUAUGACUCGGUUUCUAGGGAAGCUUGCCUCCCAGGAACACAGAGAGCCUAAGAGACCUGAAAUUGUAUUUUUGCCAAGUGUGGAUUUUGGUCUGGAGAUAAGCAAACAGCGCCUUCUUGCUGGAAACUACUCCUUCAUCCCAGACUCCAUGACUACCACUGAGAAAAUCCUCUUCCUCUCCUCUAUUAUCCCCUUUGACUGCCUCCUCACGGUUCGAGCACUUGGAGGGCUGCUCAAGUUCCUGGGUCGAAGAAGAAUUGGGGUUGAACUGGAAGAUUAUAACGUCAGCGUCCCCAUCCUGGGCUUUAAGAAAUUUGUGUUGACCCAUCUGGUGAGCAUAGAUCAAGACACUUACAGUGUUCUGCAGAUAUUUAAGAGUGAGUCUCACCCUUCAGUGUACAAAGUGGCCAGUGGACUGAAGGAGGGGCUUAGCCUGUUUGGAAUCCUCAAUAGAUGCCACUGUAAGUGGGGACAGAAGCUGCUCAGGCUAUGGUUCACACGUCCGACUCACGACCUGGGAGAGCUAAAUUCUCGGUUGGAUGUCAUUCAGUUUUUCCUACUACCCCAGAAUCUGGACAUGGCUCAAAUGCUGCAUCGGUUGCUGGGUCAUAUCAAGAAUGUGCCUCUGAUUUUGAAACGCAUGAAGCUGUCCCACACCAAGGUCAGCGACUGGCAAGUUCUGUACAAGACUGUGUAUAGUGCCCUGGGCCUGAGGGAUGCCUGCCGCUCCCUGCCCCAGUCCAUCCAGCUCUUUCAGGACAUUGCCCAAGAGUUCUCUGAUGACCUGCACCAUAUUGCCAGCCUCAUUGGGAAAGUGGUGGAUUUUGAGGGCAGUCUUGCUGAAAAUCGUUUCACAGUCCUCCCCAACAUAGAUCCUGAAAUUGAUGAGAAAAAACGAAGGCUGAUGGGACUUCCCAGUUUCCUCACUGAGGUUGCCCGAAAGGAGCUAGAGAAUCUGGACUCCCGUAUUCCUUCAUGCAGUGUCAUCUACAUCCCUCUGAUUGGCUUUCUUCUUUGUAUUCCCCGCCUGCCUUUCAUGGUAGAGGCUAGUGACUUUGAGAUUGAAGGACUGGACUUCAUGUUUCUGUCAGAGGAGAAGCUGCACUAUCGUAGUGCUCGAACCAAGGAGCUGGAUGCAUUGCUGGGGGACCUGCACUGUGAUAUCCGAGACCAGGAGACCCUGUUGAUGUACCAGCUGCAGUGUCAGGUGCUGGCGCGGGCAGCUGUCUUGACCCGUGUGUUGGACCUUGCCUCCCGCCUGGACGUCCUGCUGGCUCUUGCCAGUGCUGCCCGGGACUACGGCUACUCAAGGCCCCGUUACUCCCCACAACUCCUUGGGGUCCGAAUCCUGAAUGGCAGACAUCCACUGAUGGAACUCUGUGCCCGAACGUUCGUGCCCAACUCUGCAGAGUGUGGCGGGGACAAAGGGAGGAUCAAAGUCAUCACCGGACCCAACUCCUCAGGGAAGAGCAUAUACCUCAAACAGGUAGGCUUGAUCACAUUCAUGGCCCUGGUGGGCAGCUUUGUGCCAGCAGAGGAAGCCGAAAUUGGGGCGGUAGAUGCCAUCUUCACCCGGAUUCAUAGCUGCGAAUCCAUCUCCUUGGGCCUCUCCACCUUCAUGAUCGACCUUAACCAGGUGGCGAAAGCAGUGAACAAUGCCACCAAGCAGUCUCUGGUCCUCAUUGAUGAAUUUGGAAAGGGAACCAACACGGUGGAUGGGCUUGCGCUUCUAGCUGCUGUGCUACGACACUGGCUGGCACUUGGACCCAUGUGCCCUCACAUCUUUGUGGCCACCAACUUUCUGAGCCUUGUUCAGCUACAGCUGCUGCCACAGGGGCCCCUUGUGCAGUAUUUGGGAUUGGCCAAGGGUUUCAGGGCAGGAAGCAGAGACAUUGAUGACACACUGUCCCCUUGUAUCUCUUUUAAGACCAUGGAGACCUGUGAGGAUGGGGACGACCUAGUCUUCUUCUAUCAGGUUUGUGAAGGUAUUGCCAAUGCCAGCCAUGCGUCCUACACAGCUGCCCAGGCUGGGCUUCCCGGCAAUCUCAUUGCCCGUGGCAAGGAGGUCUCAGAUUUGAUCCGCAGUGGGAAACCCAUCAAGCCUGUCAAGGAGUUGCUAAAGGAGAAGCAAAUGGAAAAUUGCCAGACGUUGGUAGAUAAAUUUCUGAAACUGGAUUUGGAAGAUCCCAACUUGGACCUGGACAUUUUCAUGAGUCAGGAAGUGCUGCCAGCUGCCACUGGCAUCCUUUGAGAGUCCUUCCUUGGCUUUCCUCCACUUCCCAAGACCCCAGUGAGCUGCCAUGCCCUGUCUCUUUCCUGGUCUCCCUCAGGCCCAAAAUUCUCAAUUUUCCUGGAAAUUCUGUUUCACGUUAGGAAUAAAGUUUAUUUCAGAGCAA